AUGAGAGACGUGCCGCGGAGCUGGAGGAGGCCCGGGUGUCCCCGGGGCUUGGCCUCCGCUCACGGGGCCCCUCCCUCCCGGGGAGGACGCCCCGACUCCCGGCUACUUCACCCCCGGCCCAAGGAAUGCACAGGAAACCCUCCCUCUCCGCCCGCCCAGGGAGCCUCAGUGCCCUGGGGAGAGAACAUGACCCUGCAGUGUCACUCUGAGGUCCACUCAAACACCUUCCAUUUGUCCAAGGAGGGGUCGCCCGCUCCUUCCCAGCACCUGUGUCUGCAGGACACGGCUCCACCCAUUCAGGCCAACUUCACCCUGAGUGCUGUGACCUCGGCCCACGGACCCGCAAAGAGGCAGCGGCGGCAGCGCACGGUGUUCAACAAAGAACAGUUACACGUGCUCGAGGAACACUUCGUAAACGACCAGUACCCGAGCUACCGGGCCCGCGAGGACCUGGCAGCCCGGCUCAACCUGGAGGAGUACAAGGUGCAGGUGUGGUUCAAGAACCGCCGGGCCAAAAACGCUCGGCUGAAGCGAUUGACCCAGGGGCCUGGCCAGGGUCCCCGCAGCGUCCCCACCGACGGCGGAGUCCCCGACGCCCCCGCUCCCGGGACUGCCUCUACCCCUGCCGCCGCGGCUGCAGACUCUGCGACCCCAGAGGGCUCGGGUUUCCGCAGCCCCUCUCAGCCCAGCCCCGCCGGCAGGCUCAGCACACCAGCGCCCGGCGGCGUCCCCAGCCAAGGCCGGGCCGGGUGCGCCCCAGCGCAGGGCACCCAGGAGGACUUCCCUACGGCAGCUCCAGCCUCGACCCCAGGUCCAACUUCAGCCCCGACUCCAGACCCCUGCGCCGCCUCGGACUCCUGGCCAGACUCUGUUGUCAUCUUUGAUUUCACAGACCUCUUACCGCUCCAAGAACCCUCCCACGAACCUCCCUCCGUCUUGUUCUCAGAGUACCAAAAGGGAGAUGACUCUGCGGAUGACUCGGGCCCCCGGCAGUUUCUGAGUUUAUAG